UGACAGCAUGGAGAAAGGAUAUGGUGACGUCGACAACUGGAAGAAACGGUUGAACGACAUCCACGAGUCAGAGACGUCACACAGACGAAAGAGCGUCGUUACCGAGAAAGAUGUGCUAGUGGACGACACGAAAAGCAGCACGGGCUCCACGACGACGCUCAUUCGAGGAACGCCGUCCAUAUUCGGAAAGAGCGGCGUGGCGCGGACGCUGAAGCACCUGAAGGCCAUCAAUGUCAAGGACAUAGAGAACAAAGGCUCCAGGCGCCCCAAACCGGCUCCGCCAACCCCGAGCUACGCCCGACCAACCACGUCUAUGAACAAGAAGUUGGAAAAAGAAAGGUCUUCGCUUGAUCUUCAAAUGAAACGUACCGCGACAAACUUGGGUCCAAAGCCAGACCGACCCGUCCUAAUUCCAAAGCCUACACUGCCAGCCGCUAAUCCGGAAUCGUCUACACUGCCGGACAAGAAUCCGCUUCAGACUAUGCCUACACUUCAAAGGUCAAGGUCGAUGGAACGCACUAAGCCGGACAUGACGAAACCAAAAUCCGUUACGAAUUUAACGAGGUCUAAAUCUAAUAUCAGAAGCAAAGGAGAAAAGAUAUUGCCAACUGCGGUAGCGAAUUAUUUUGAAAGGUCGACUAUAAAUAUUGGAUCGAAGAAAGUUAACAACAGUGUCAAUAAGUCUGAUAGCGUAAGACAAAAGUUGGAUAGCGGAAAGGAAAUUGGUGAAAAAAGCUCAUACAACGUGACGGAAAAUGGCGGACAUGUAUUGACUUCCGAAAUACCAAAGCGCGAACAAAUGAUGGAUAUUAUAAUGCAAAAUGGAAUCCCGGGGAUGGAUGCGCUUAGUAAGAACGGUAAUCCGCCACUAACAAAGCAUAACGGCGGACAUCGUUCAUCGGAAGGUAAACUGCAAAAUGGAGAACCGAAAUUUAUUCGAUCGCUCACAUAUGUUGCACCAACAACGGAGCAAUCGACUAACGGGGAAAAGACGUUGGAACGGCCGAAAUCAUCGAACACGUCAUCGUCUUUUUUUAACAGAUCAAAGUCAGUCCCGAGUCCGAAUGUCGGAAGGUCGAAUACGACCAUAGGUUCUAGCCCAAGUAUGAGGGAAAGCAGCGAAAGACCGGUGCUCGGUAGCGCAAAACCAUACCGGAAGACGGUUCUAAACAGAGUCGGCAGCGCGGUAGAUAAUGCGGAGCUGCCAUCAACGAGACGAGCCCGUAAGGAUAUACCUAGGAGGGCGCUUCGGGCGGACACAGUGAUCCUGUCUUCGGAUAACAUCGGUAAAGACAAGGGACCGCCGAUGUAUAACCUACCAGACGAAUUCAGCAUUGGGCCGUCAACGUUUGAUCACGUGACGUCAUAUCAACAACCGCAAUUCGCCUCCCAGUCCCCUAUUCAUGAAAUAGCCACGCCCUCUCCCGAAGUACCGGACGUCCCCACAAUGAACCACGUUGCUCCAAUAACGAACGUUUUACCGGAAGAGUUCAGCGUGAAUCAUGCGAAGUUUUCGGCGGAGCGCCCCAUUGUGAAAAUUGGCACGCCAAAGCCACAGUCUCGAACCCCGAACCAAUCUCAGCUGAAAGUGCCUGCAGCAUCUAGAAAGUCUUGGAGAUAGGCACUGUAUCUAAUGUAGCUAAAGACACUUCAGCGAACAGGUUUUAUUGAAGUGAUCAGGUCCGUUUUCUGGUUACGUAAAUGUUCAUAUGAAUCGUGCUAAGGAAAAACGGGGUUUAAUGUUUGUGCGCAGUUUCGUCCCAGAUAAGCCUGUGCAGUCCGACGCAAGUGCUAAUCAGGGACGACACUAUCCGCUUUUAUAGAAGUUUUCGUUAAAAAGAAGUCUCUUCUUAACGAAUAUCCUGUUUAUGCAGAGUGUUGUUCUUGAUUAGCCUGCGCAUGAUAAUCUUGGACGGCACUUUGAUGCGGCGUCUCAUCUGGGUCUACGCUGUUUGCUUAAAGGAAUUUCUGUAAGAAAUAUUAUAAAUAUAUAAAUAAUAUACUAGGCAUCCCUAAUUUUGGAA